AUGAAGCUCUUCUCAGCUGGCGCGCUGGCUCUUGGCCUCGCUAACUUGCCUAGCACUUUUGCCUGGGGCAGUCUCGGCCAUAUCACCACCGCUUACCUCGCCAGUCACUUUGUCGCAAACACCACUGAGGCUCACCUCAAGUAUAUUCUCUAUAAUGACGAGGAAGACUACUUGGCGAAGAUAGCAUCCUGGGCUGACUCGAUCCGGUACACAGAUUGGGGUCGAUACACCAAGACAUUUCACUUCAUCGACGCUCAUGACAGCCCUCCCAACAAGUGUGACGUCGACUUUGAGCGUGAUUGCAAGGACGAUGGUUGUGUUCUCACCGCCCUCAAGAACUAUACCCAGCAAUCAGUUGAGCCUCAGUUGCCCUUCUGGCAGCGCAACCAGGCCGCCAAGUUUGUCGUUCACUUUAUCGGAGAUCUGCACCAGCCUCUACAUAACGAAAAUGUCGAAAAGGGAGGUAACGGCCUCGCAGUAACAUUUGACGGCCGCACGUUCAACCUCCACCACGUCUGGGACAGUUCUAUCGCCGAGAAGCUGUUGGGUGGUCUGCACGGCGACCCCUUCAAGCUUGCCAACAACUGGGCCAACCAGCUUGCAGUCGAGAUCACAGACGGCAAGUUUGCAGAGGCAAAAGACGCGUGGUUGAAGGAUCUGGACUUCAGUGACCCCAUCAGCACGGCACUUGCUUGGUCCCGAGAGGCCAAUGCGCUCGUCUGUACUCACGUUCUGCCCGAGGGUGCCGAUGCCAUUGUCGGUCAGGAACUCGGAGGCGAGUACUUUGAAAAGGCCGCCCCUGUCAUUGAGGAGCAGGUUGCCAAGGCCGGUUACAGAAUGGCUGCCUGGCUGGACAAGAUCGUUGAGGCGUACAAGGAUGUUGAGCAGCAGGAGAUGUCCGAGGAGCUCUGA